AUGCCGCCAAAGAAACGUGAUGAUAACUGGAUCGAUGGCUUGCGGGGCGUUGCCUCCUUCACGGUCGUCACGGGCCAUCUCUGCACCGCCUUUGUUCCAUACUUGCACUCGCCGGCAAUCUCGGAAAACGGGCCCAUGAUCCUAUUCCAACUGCCCUUUUUCAGACUAUGUGUCGGCGGCCGAGGAGCCGUCGCGGUUUUCUUCAUCAUCACCGGCUUCGUGAACUCGAUCAACCCCGUCAAGAACGCGAGGAAUAAUAACACGCAGGUUGCCCUGACGAAUCUGGCUCGAAGCGCCUUUACGAGAUCAGGGAGAUUGGUGCUUCCGACGAGCAUUGCCACGAUCAUCGGGUGGUUUUUAUGCCAGAUUGGAGCUUUCAAGCUCGCCAAACGCACGGAUGCUGGCUGGAUCUCUGUCGGCGGGCAUGAUAUCGAUCCGUUUGGAGUGUCGCUGAUGAAACUGUUGAGGUCCCUGACUCUUUUCUGGCAUUCCGGUGGCGGAGAGUAUGAUGGGACGAAUUGGACCCUGGUGUAUUUCUUGCAGGGCUCGUUCCGUGUCUACUUGGCGCUGCUGGCGAUGACUUUGCUGACACCGCGAUUUUGGAGGAUUAUCACUGCCUUCUUAUACGCUUAUGCUUGGGUUACGGGUGAUUACCUCGUUGGCAUCAACCUCUACGCCGGCAUCAUGCUUGCCCAACUGCAAGUCGAUUACGGCGCCCGUGCCACCUCUCUCGUUCCCAAGUUCGUUCCCAGCAUGCUCAUCAUUCUCGGGCUGUUCCUCUGGGGCUAUCCGCAAGACAAUCCCCAUUGGGCGCCCUGGUCAAAGAUUCUGCGAGACUCCUUUGUCGCCGUCACCCCAGCCUACACCGACACCAGCCGAUAUUGCGUUUCCAUCGGCAUAACGGUUCUGAUGCUGGGCAUAUUCUUCUCGAAAAACGCUCGCAAAUUCUUCACCUCACCACUUCUGAACUUCUUGGGUCGAGUGUCCUUCCCCGUCUACCUGCUACACAACACGGUCAUCCGCACCAUCUUAGUCCUCAUGGUCUAUGGUCCUAGUGCGUCCAAAACUCCGGAAAAAGAUGAGCAAGGCAAACCCAUCACUCUCAAACGAAUUAGCCCAAUGGGAUUUCUUUUUGUCAUCCCGGCGUUUUACGCCAUUCUGUACCUUAUCGCGUACCUAUGGACCAUAUAUGUUGACCCGUUGUGCGCUCGGAUAGUGGACGGGAUGAAGGACAGGAUGUUCGUGGAGGAGCUUAAGCCGCAGGAAAAAUCGGUCUCGGUGACUCCCCUAGCUCCAUUGACGCACGUAACAUGA